GCCUUCGAUCAGAUGAAUAAUUUGCUUCUUAAUAUUAUCCUUCCCUCCUCUACCAUCUGACUACUGUUCCUCCCCAUUCCGAUCGAGCAGAAAAUUAGGGUUUCUGCUUCAAUUCUUUUAACCCUAAUCUGGAAAAGGGUCUAACGGUUUUCGACAAGUUUUGCACUUGAUGAUUGCACUUUACACUCCCAGUUUAAAUUUUCACCCAAUCUCGACCUCUCUCGCAUGGUUGAUUUGGGAUUCCACCUUGCGGAGCCCACGGUCUAUUCUUUCCAAUCUCGUUUUUUGAGCUAUAGCAAGGUUUAGAUUCUUUCAGAUUUCAUCAUCCAGUUCAGAAGAGGAACAAUCAGUAUCGUCGGGAACAUUUCUUUCUUUGUUUUUUCUUCUUUGAUAACUCGUCGGGAACAUUUCUAAGUUAUGGAUGUGGAUGGUAGUCAUAAGCGCGUCUUUCAGCGUCUCCGCGGGCCUCCGGCUGAUGCCAAGCACCAGAAAGUGUGUUAUCAUUGGCAGGCAGGCAGGUGCAAUCGGUAUCCGUGCCCUUUUCUACACAGUGAAUUACCUCCUCCGAAUGCCAAUGGGACGUCUUCGAAAAGGUCCCAUGGCUCCGCUGAUGAUUCAGGGUUCUCAGGUCCACGGAGGAAUCCGAAUUUUAGUGGAUCAUCAACGUGGGGUGGGGUUCAUGGUGGUAAUAAAUUAAUUAGGAAGACUGAAAAACUUUGUACUUAUUGGAUUCAAGGGAAUUGUAGUUAUGGAGAAAGGUGUAAGUUCCUUCACUCUUGGAGUGUAGGGGAUGGUUUUUCCUUGCUAACGCAACUCGAAGGGCAUCAGAAGGUUGUCACCGGAAUAUCUCUGCCGUCUGGUUCAGAUAAGCUUUAUACUGGAAGCAAAGAUGAGACAGUCAGGCUUUGGGACUGCCAGUCUGGCCAGUGUUUGGCUGUGAUCACUCUUGGUUGUGAAGUGGGUUGUAUGAUCAGUGAAGGUCCUUGGCUUUUUGUUGGUGUACCUAAUUUUGUUAAGGCCUGGAACACUCAAACAUCAAGUGAACUAAGUCUGAGUGGCCCUGCUGGGCAAGUUUACACUUUGGCUGUGGGUAACAGUAUGCUUUUUGCUGGCACACAGGACGGGUCUAUAUUAGCAUGGAAGUUUAAUGCAGCCACUAACACCUUUGAGCCUGUUACAUCACUUAAGGGUCAUUCUGGUCCUGUUGUUUCAUUUGUUGUUGGAGCAAAUAGGCUAUACUCAGGUUCCAUGGACAAGACAAUAAGAGUCUGGAACCUCGAGACAUUGCAAUGUUUACAGACUUUAACAGGGCAUACAUCAGUUGUGAUGUCUGUUCUUUGCUGGGAUCAGUUUCUUUUAUCUGGUUCAUUAGACAACACAGUAAAGGUAUGGGUAGCUACAGAAAGUGGAAACUUGGAAGUGACUUAUACUCACAGUGAAGAAGCUGGUGUGCUUAAACUCUGUGGGAUGCAUGAUUCACAAGGCAAGCCCAUUUUGCUGUGCUCUUGCAACAAUAAUACUGUCUACCUCUAUGAUCUGCCAUCCUUUGCAGAGAGAGGCAAGAUUUUCACAAAGCAAGAGGUUCGAGCUAUCGAGGUUGGUCCCAGUGGCUUAUUCUUCACUGGUGAUGGAACAGGUCAAGUAAAAGUCUGGAAUUGGUUGCCGGAGCCAUCUUCUUCCCAUCCAAUAAAUGGCUCUUCGUAAUCAUGUAUUCCAUUCAUUUGUUCUCAUGACUACUACUAACUUUUAUUUACACCUUUAUUUUGCCAGCAUGAGUGAAUUUAGAGUGAGGAAAGAGGGUAGCUGUUGAUAUUGUGUAAUUUGAGUUUGCGUAGUAGGCAUAGGCAUACAUCGAAAACGCUUGAGUUUUGGCAGUGGUAGCAAGUAUCCAUGUCCUAAUCUGUAUCUUCUGAAGAGGAUGGGUCUUUCUUCUUGUCAACGCCUGUCUCGAUAUUUUAUAUAUAUAUAUAUAUAUAUAUAUAUAUAAUUCUACUUUUCUUGUCACUUGGAAGUAUUUCAGAGGAUAUGGUUUGGUCCUGUCCUUGGUGUGACUCUGAACUUCGGAGGGACGCCACAGUGAGUUUGUAACAUUACAUGAAUCAGAUUUGUAUUAUUACCCAUCAAGCCCCCUAGUCCCUGGUGCCCGGGGGGGAGCUUUAUGUUUUAAUGUUCAAUUAUUUUCAUCCUUUUUUUUUCCCAA